AUGAUGGACGCACUGCACGCGCAGAGGCAAAAACUGCUGGAGCCCGAGAGCAGACAGUCCCUAAACCAAUCUCCUGGACCGAAUAGACGCAACGCAUGGCCAUGUCCGAGUCUAUCGUACCAGGAGCGCGUCAUUGGCUGUGUGACGUGUUUUCUAUUGGGGUUCCUGUUGUCGCUAGGCGCGACUAUUCGUCUGGCCAAGUUAGUGCACGGCAAUCCUGCGCCGUUUGCCAUUGCCUACACGAUCGGAAAUCUGCUCUCCGUUGGCUGUACCACGUUCUUUGUGGGGCCGUGGAAACAGAUGCAGACAAUGUUCCACGACAAGCGUCGCUACUCGGCCGUCGUCUACGUCGUCUUUAUCUUCGUGACCUUGCUGCUGUGUUUUUCGCAUCACACCCACCAUCGAAUACUUUUCGUGCUGCUGUCGGUCCUCGUGCAAUUUUUGGCCCUUGUCUGGUAUACACUAUCAUACAUUCCUUACGGUCGUACGAUUGUCAUGAGCUGCUGCAAACGCACCUUUGGGAUGGCUACAAACGAUGAGGUGUAA